GGUCACGUGUGCUGGCUGAGUUGUUGAUGACUUGUCUGCCUUCAGGUGGUUCCAACUACUAGCCCCACUGAUCGCUGACAAAUUCAACACUUGUUUUCUCACUGGUUGGCUCAUGUGUACAAACUCCAGUGUACCUACUAUUAAUGUGUGCCCAAUUAUUUUCUCAUUGGAUUAUCACUGGUCUGUGUCUCAAAAUACAUUCCUUAGUCUUGGUUUUUAUUUUUAACAUGUUUAAGAUUUUAGGUUACAACAGUGAUUGAUACAAACUUCAAAAGAUUCAUGUGUUUGUGUAUUCUAUGUUGUAGUUUUGUGUUAUAGACUUUAGUGUUAGCCCUACACGGAUAUAGAUCUAGUUCUAGAUCUAGAAUAGGUCUAUGGAAAAACACUUGAAACUUCAAAACAAUGAUGAAGUUAAACACUUUAUUUUAUUAGUUGUAUUCACAUAAGGAGCUGUGUGCAUUUAUUUCUUCCAAUCUUUUGUGGAUAUGCUGCACCAGGUUUGACCGCUAUUUCAACCACCCUAGUGUGACCUCCUACGGACGUUACCCUGUUAUUUGAUACAGCGGCUGGCCUGCAUGUCCAGGGGUGAAAGGGUCAGUUAUGGCAAGUCAUCGCUGGCUGAAUGUUGCAGCUGUGGUUAUGUUGAGUGGUCUGUGUAUACAGGUCGCUUUCGCUCAACAGAUAUGUGACGCUUGUAGUUGUCAGAUAAGUGCCAUCGACAACCCUCAAGCAAUCUACACCUUGGACUUGAUAUGUAACAGUGGAUCCAUCACCUGGUUUGGUGCUGAUGGGGCUAUUCGUUUGGAGCUGAAGCCGUUAUUCCAAGGCCCAUCCAGAGCCUGUUUCUUGGUGUCAUCUGAUAAUAGUCAGGUCAAAGUUAGCCAAGAAAUAGCCUUGUCAAGAAAUUAUAAACUCCAUCAAAUUGAAACCAAAGUCUUGACUAAAAAUGCAUCCAAUGAGGAAUUCUGUAUUUCUUCCCCCACACCAGAAUCUCUUCAUUUAUUCAUUGAGUCAUUUGUUCAGCAUUAUCUUCACUCUGUGCCUAAAAUAGAAAUUUUCUAUGACAUUGAAAAAUUAGACAGCAGUAUGUCUACUGUUUAUGAUGAAUGCAAGCCCUGUACUAAAGAAGAAGUUUUGGAUGCUUACUGCUCCAUGGACUAUGUUAUCAUAGCAUCAUUGAAUGACGUGAAGCAAAAGUCGGACUCCUCCAUGUCAACAUUGACAAUGUCUGUCAAACAGAUCAUUCAUCAACGAGAACCAGAAAUGUUUCACAGAGAGCGUAGGUCAGAUCAGUACCUAACUGGCCACAUCACAGUCCCCACACAGUGUGGAAUCCACAGCAGUCCUGGAGAUUUUCUUAUUACUGGUAGGAAGAGACUUCAGUCCCUAACUCUAAAAUGUGCCAUGACUCUGCGAGAGUGGAGACAAGUUCAACAAUUUACUGAAUGUUCUCAUGAUGUCAAACCCAGGUGAUGAUGCCAAUGCUAUAACGGAUCCUCUGUGAUGAUUGUACAUGUUUCUUGUGAUAUUUUCUUUUUGCUAACACACAAAAUGUGAUUUCUUGGCUUCAAAGAGUUAACAUCCUUGUUUUAUUUUUUUUUAAAAGAAAAGGAUUGUUUGUGAGACAAAAAGUGAUUUCAAUAUGUAUAUAAAUUACACUUUGAAUUUUAUUCAGACUAAUGCCAUAAUCAAAUUUCUUAAGUUUCACAAUAUUGCUGGAGACUUGAUAACAACUGACAUAAAAUGUGAUGGAUAAGUGAAUUAAAAGAUUGAACAAUAGAUUGAAAGACUGAACAAUAGAUUGAAAGACUGAACAAUAGAUUGAAAGACUGAACAAUAGAUUGAAAGACUGAACAAUAGAUUGAAAGAUUGAACAAAGGAGUUUGCCAACAUGUGAACUACAUGAUAUUUGUCAUCAUUGCCUUUUUUUUUUCUGUACAUCAUUGCCUUAUUUUUGAAUUAUAAGUUGCACAUUCUUUGCUACUUAAAAACUAAUUCAUAUUUUUGAUAUACUGUAUUUUGAAAUACUUCAUAAUUUUUAUCAAUAUGUAUAAUUUUAUUGUCUUUCUUUAAAACAGAGUUAUGUAGAAUUGCUUAUAAUAGAUGUAUUGGUGUGUUAUAGUUUUGUGUGUGUGACACCAAAACAUCUACUUAAUAACUUUGACCCCUUCUCACAGCACAUUCUGGUCUAGAGCUUCUCACAACACAUUCUGGUCUAGAGCUUCUCACAACACAUUCUGGUCUAGAGCUUCUCACAACACAUUCUGGUCUAGAGCUUCUCACAACACAUUCUGGUCUAGAGCUUCUCACAACACAUUCUGGUCUAGAGCUUCUCACAACACAUUCUGGUCUAGAGCUUCUCACAACACAUUCUGGUCUAGAGUUUCUCACAACACAUUCUGGUCUAGUGCGUCUCACAACACAUUCUGGUCUAGAGCUUCUCACAACACAUUCUGGUCUAGAGCUUCUCACAACACAUUCUGGUCUAGUGCUUCUCACAACACAUUCUGGUCUAGUGCUUCUCACAACACAUUCUGGUCUAGAGCUUGCCCUUUCCUAAAAGCUGCAAGUAUAAAGUGGAGUCCAAUAAAAAUAAAUGUAACUGUUACUAUAUACAGAACCAAUGUGUGUGUCAUGGGCUGUAGAUAUUGAUAAUCACAUUUUUGUUCAGAAAUAUUAGAAAAUGGUCUGGGUUUUUUUUUUCCUUCAGCUUGGCGGUCUUGAAUCUUUUUUUUAGUUCCCUUAAUAGAUUUUCCAUUUUAAAAAACCCAAGAUAAACACAUUGAUUAGUCUAUCAGAUGUGCAUGUAGUAGGCUUUUAUAUGGACACAUUUUACAGUGUUAGGAAUUUUUCAGAGGGAAUCACAUUUAGAAGCCAUUUUUUUUUCCAAUUUAAAAUUAAAUGAUUGUGAUGUGGUAAAAAUUAAUUGCAUUAAUUAAACAACAAUCUGAUUAGAAGGAAUGUUAGUGGAGAACUAGUGAAGGGCUGUACUUAAUGUACAGCAAUACAAAAAAAUCUUUAUUGUCUGUAAGGGAAUGUGACUUACAAUUUGUGCAUUUUACACCAAACAAAACAUUGUAACUAUAAAAGAACAAAAUGUACAUUCACACUUUUUCGUGCCCACCCUUACAUUUAGAUUUUUUUUUUUUUGUCCUGGCAUUAAAAUCUUUUUUUUUUAAAGUAUAAAAAGAAUUUAGUGAAGUGAAAUAUGUAAUUGGUGGCACUAUUUGGUAUGAGACUGGUGUUUUCAUUAGUAGUGAAUACACACUAGAUAUAAUAAAAGCUUGUUAUAUUAUAAAUGACCUAGUUUAGACCACUGUCAUUUCCUUUCCUUCAGCCUUCACCUUGGGCCUCGCACGAACUAUAAAUAUUAUGGGAACCAUUUCCUUCAUUAGCAUUCACUCUAGAUACAAUCAAAGAUUGUUGAUACAUACGUGAGUGUACUGUUUGUGUAGUAUUUGUGUAUAUAUUUGGUACUGUACAGAAUUUGUUUCCUAGAGUCAAAUGAAACAAAAAAAAACAUUCCAAUGUAAAAAAGUUCAUGUUGACAUCACAAUUUCAUGUUGGCAUCUGCUCAUAACAUUGAUGUAAAUAUUUAGAAACUUCUGACCUGGUGGCUUGGGGGAGGGGCAUUUUUUGGUGGCUCUAGGCAGAUGUUGCUGAUGUCACUGUGUCGAAUGUGGGUCAUUCAAAUCAGUUUAACUUUGACUUGCUGAUCUCCAUAUGGACAGGUCUGGGAAGCCACAGCUCGACCUGUAUGGUGAUUUACAUGCAUUACAGCCGCAGGGUUUGUGUCCAUGGCUUUUGCAAGAGAGUAUUGGAGCCUCUCCAGCCUUCACUCAACUGAAGUUUGAUAUUUGUUUUUCUUUUGAUUGUGGUUAGUCGAAUCCAUUGGUAUGAUCAGAGCUAACAUAAAGGAAUAAUCUAAUAUUACAAUUAACUCUUGUUUAAAUGUUUGUAGGAAAUAAUGAUAUUCUUAUCACUCGUGUCUUGUGUUAGCCAACCUCAUGACUUUAUAUCGAAAUUUUUGUAAUAUACCGGUAUCUGACUAUAAGUAUAAGCAAAUAAUUUAGUUCAGCACUGACAUGUAUAAUAGCACAUAGAGAAUAGAUUUGGUUGAAUAUAUUAUUCCUACAAUUCUUUGUAUAGCUAUUGUCUGCCCCUGUCAGUUAUUCUCAUAUCAUUUUUGUCUGUCGGUCCCAGAUCUAUAUAAUGUGAUAAUGUCUAUAGAUGCCACAUUUUUUUUUAUCACUUGAGCCAAUAAAAAUAUAUUUUGAUUA